AUGACACAUGUGACAUCAUUGUGAAUUGUCCUGAAUGCUGAAGAACUAGCGGUCCACGGAGUCUCCACUCUUGCAUCAAACCUUUGCAGAACUGGGUCCUGAGGAAGACUUAAAGAGUCUGCAACCCCCAGUCAUGUCACACCCACAAUACCUUCCCUCCUUGAGACGUGUGGCAGUAUGCGGGGGCACUCAUGGGAAUGAAAUGUCAGGUGUUUACCUAGUCAAGCACUGGCUACAGGACCCAUCUGAGUUGCAGCGCAGCACCUUCCAGGUCAUACCUUUUGUGGGCAACCCACGUGCAGUUGAGCAGUGUGUGCGCUAUGUUGGGAGGGAUCUUAAUCGUACAUUUGCUGCAGCUUUUCUGAAUACCCAGGCUUCAGAUUCAGACCUUUAUGAGAUUCAACGUGCUCAGGAGAUCAACCAGAUCUUUGGACCCAAGGGUUCAUCUCAAGCCUAUGACUUCAUGUUUGACCUACACAACACCACAGCCAACAUGGGUUCCUGCCUCUUAAUGAACUCUGAAUUUAGCCUGUUGUCCAUGCACAUGUGUAAUUACAUCCAGAAACACUGCACAGUGAGACACUGUCCCAUCUUACUCUGUCAAUCACCUGGCGAGGAGGCUGCUUUCACCAUGUCAGUGGCUAAAAAUGGGCUAGAAUUAGAGCUGGGCCCACAACCCCAGGGAGUGGCUCGAGCUGACCAGCUUGCUAGGAUGAGAUCGAUUAUGGCCUGUGCUUUGGACUUCAUUGAGCUUUUUAACAAAGGCACCUUGUUCCCAGCCUUUGAAAUUGAGGCAUACAAACUGGCUGGACGUACGGACUUCCCCCGUUAUCCCAACGGGGAGAUUUCUGCUGUAAUACAUCCAAAUCUACAGGAUAAAGAUUUCCAACCCCUGAAGCCUGGGGACCCAGUUUUCCAGACUUUUGAUGGAGAGGAUAUUCUGCAUGAUAGUGAUGACACCUUCUUCCCAGUCUUCAUCAAUGAAGCAGCCUACUAUGAGAAGAAAACAGCUUUUUGCAAGACCAAAAAGGCCACAUUUGCCCAACCAGCACUGCAGAAGGCAUUUUAAAUAUGGUGACUUGGUUUAUAACUGAAGUAAAUUGAAGUCUCUGUGUUUUGUACAUUCUAAGGAUCAAUGAUCCUGGAGAAGAUCUAUCUAUGUGGUUGCUAAGAAUCAGCACCAACUUGAUGGCACAUAAUCAAAGAGGCUAUGCAUAGUGUAGUCCAGGAAGCUACACCUUUGUAACAAACAAAG